UGUACUAACAAAUCAGAAAAUGUGGUUCACAAGGGGUGUAUAUCAAGAAGGACUUUAAAUACAGCCUGUGAUUCCCUCAUUAUCUAGUCAGCUCAACUCCUCAUGUGGGAACUGCAACUGAAACUGUCAACAGACAUGAAGUACCUUAUUUUACUGGCUCUAGUGGUUCACGCACUAACCCUUCCAACAGCCUAUCCUGGUACUCAAGGUCCUAUUGGUCCAGGUGGUCCUGGCGGUACUAUCAGUCCAGGUAGUACUGAUGGUCCUGUUAGUCUAGGCGGUCCUGAAAGUGUAACUGGUCCUGGUGGUCCAAGCAUUCUUGGUGGCCCUAGUGCUCCUCCUGGUCCAGGUGCCACUCCACCUCCACCACUAUUUGGUAAUCAAGGUCCUGGCAAUACUAUUGGUCAAGGUGGUCCUGGCAGUUAUGGUAGUCUAACUGGUCCUGGUGGUCCAAGCAUUCCUGGUGGCCCUAGUGCUCCCCCUGGUCCAGGUUCACCUCCACCACUAUUUGGUACUCAAGGUCCUAUUGGUCCUGGUGGUCUUGGCAGUCCUGGUAUUUUAACUGGUCCUGGUGGUCCAAGCAUUUCUGGUGGCCCUAGUGCUUCUUCUGGUCCAGGUGCUCCUCCACCUCCACCACUAUUGGGUAAUCAAGGUCCUAUCGGUACAGGAGGCCCUAGCGGUCCUACUGGUCCAGGUGGUCCAGGCAGUUUUGUUGGUCAUGGUGUGCUAACUGGUCCUGGUGGUCCAAGCAUUCCUGGUGGGCCUGGUUUUCCUCUUGGUCCAGGUGCCCCUCCACCUCCACCACCAUUUGGUAAUGUCCAUCCAGUUGCCAAUAUUAAAGAAACAGGACAGCCCCCACAUUAUUUUCUUGGAAACAGACCACCACCUCCAAAUAAUGGAAAUCCUCCACCAGAUCCAGAUAGUCAUGAAUCUAUCAUUGCUCGACCAUUAAAAGAAAACCUGUGGGAUACUGGCAAUCCACCAGUUAAUAGUGCACUGCACGGCCGACCCAUAAAUAAAGGAGACCAGCAUGAAAAUUGGGGUUGGCACCUCCAGGAAUAACUCUACAGUAAACGGAUAGAGGGACUGUAUGUAGUGUUGAAUGCAAAUAAACAGAAAACUAAAAUAAAA